AUGCAAGAGAUGGAAAACCCUUCCUCCUUCUCGGAUUGGAUUCCAAACCAACCCACCGAAACAACAACUCCAGAAUUGAAAACACAAGUGGCAGAUGGUGGUGUUCGUUUAAUUUUACUUUCAUCCCUUUCCGAUCAUGCAAAUCAUGUUCAUUUGCUUAUUCAACAACUCUCGAACAAGCUUCAAUUCUUUCAAAAAAGAGUUGCCUUUUCUCUCAAUUUUGAUCUCAUCCAUUCGUUCGGCCAAGUAGUAGGUUGGCAUCAACUCUUGGAGAGCAUGUUUACGCAUCCAUUUGACAUCAAAAUUUCAAAUAAUCAUCAUUGUAUUAUGGUGAGUGAUGCAUAUGUCAAGAGAAUUCACGUGUUUGACUUGACUACACGAGAAUGGAAGCUUUCAAUUCAAACUACGGGAAAACCUUAUUAUUUAUGUUUGGAAGAAAAUUAUGAUGGAAAAAGAAAUCAAGACGCAUUGAUUUUUGAAUGUGUCACGAAAGAUGAACAUGUCAUUUACAAGUACGAUUUACAACAAUUGUUAUGUAACAAGAGCUGUGAAUAUCUAUGGAAAUAUUUCUCUACUGUCAGCGAAUUAGGAUCUUGUAUGUGCAUCCAAUAUAAUAAGGAGGAAUGUGAAAUUGAAAAUUUGAAUGACAACAAGAGUUCAAUGUCAGACUCUCGAAAAAAGCAGAAGAGCAAGUUAUCUCGUCGUUCAGAGAAGAUGCGUAAUUGUUUACUUGUGAGUGACUAUAAUGCCAAUAGCGUGAAAAUGUUCAAUGCUAAAACAGGAAAUUUUGUGAAAAAUCUUGAAUUUAAGGGAAAAGAAGUGAAGAGCCCUUAUUUCAUGCUUGUGACACGAGACAGCAAUGAACUUAUCUUGACUGAAGUAGAUCCAUCAAACCGUGUCAAAAUUUACAAAGAACGGUCAAAGGGAAUUUGGGAUUUUGUAAUUGAAUUUGGAACACAACAAAAAUUGUAUCACCCAUUUUCAUUAGCGUACGAUUCAGUGUCCAUGAGAAUUGUUGUGAGCGAUUAUGAAAGACAUCGAAUUGUUGUUUAUAAUAAGAAUGAUGGUAGUUUUAUAACGCAACAUGGCAGUAAGGGACAAAGUCCCCAAAAACAUUUUAAAAAUCCAAAUGGAAUUUGUUUGGAUGAGAGAAAUGGUGAAUUAUAUGUUUGUGAUUACAAGAAUUUUCGAGUCCUUGUUUUCAAGUAA